AUAGAGACAGUUAAGCGAGAACUGCUGCUGCUGAUUUUGAAUCUGACACACCGGUGAAUAAAGUAGGACGGCAGGAGCAGGGACGUUGGCUUGUUGUGGGGGCGGAAUCCAGCGAUAACACAUCAGUAUCAUUUCUAGAUAGAUAGAGGCCACAAUGUGUGUAUGGCGUUGCUUGUGUUAGAAGCGCCUGUUGGAAUGCAUCCAGGCUCCAGCACAUCACCACACACCGGGUGAGGGAAGGCGAGAGAGUGAUUGCAUCGAGGAGGAGGAGGAGGAGGAGGAGGAGCAGCAGCAGCAGCAGCAGCAGCAGCUCCACGGCAAAACCCCCUCCGAGCGAUUCACCUUACCCAGAGCAAGCAUGGCAGGCGACAGCGAGCGGCGGCUGGAAGAGCAUGCCCAGAAUGACCACGCAAACAGGCAGCCGUUCCUCAUCGGAGUCGCAGGAGGCACUGCUAGCGGCAAGUCGUCGGUGUGUGGGAAGAUCAUGGAGCUGCUGGGUCAGAAUGAGAUUGACCACCACCAGAGACAGGUGGCUAUCCUGAGCCAGGACAGCUUCUACAGGGUGCUGACCGCAGAGCAGAAGGCCAAGGCUCUCAAGGGCCAGUUCAACUUCGACCACCCAGAUGCUUUUGACAACGAGUUGAUUCUGAAGACCCUCCGAGAAAUUGUGGAGGGGAAAACCGUUCAGAUCCCAGUGUAUGACUUCGUCACCCAUUCCAGGAAGGAGGAGACGGUGACGGUGUACCCAGCUGAUGUGGUUCUGUUCGAGGGGAUCCUGAUGUUUUACUCCCAGGAGAUCCGGGACCUGUUUCAGAUGAAGCUCUUUGUAGACACUGACGCAGACACCCGGCUUUCCAGGAGAGUGCUCAGAGACAUCAGCGAGCGCGCCAGAGAUCUGGAGCAGGUCCUCACUCAGUACAUCACCUUCGUCAAGCCUGCCUUCGAGGAGUUCUGUUUGCCAACAAAGAAGUACGCGGAUGUCAUAAUCCCACGAGGUGCUGAUAACCUUGUCGCCAUAAACUUGAUCGUGCAGCACAUCCAGGACAUUUUGAACGGGGGGCUGACGAAACGACAGAACGGCUGUUUAAACAGCUACAGCACCCCCCUGAAGAGACAGCCAUCGGAGUCCAGCAGCCGGCCGCACUGACCCCGCCCCCUUCCUGGAAUGAGAGACGAGGGAAGUGUUUCAUAUGUACUGCCAGUCAGCCGCACUGUAUUUAAUGAGAAAACAAAGCCAACCCACAGCAAUGCCUUUUAUUUGUACUACAAACUUCAUGCUUAAAGUCCUCAUUCAGGGACAGCUGCAGGUCAUUGGGUGAAGUUU